GGUGCAAGCAAGCUGAGAGCAAGCAAGUCUGUUCGAUCAGCAGCAGCAGCAGCAGCAGAGCAGAAGAUCAGAGCAGGAUGCAGGCUGUGAAGGAGAAGGUGAAGGACACGGUGAGCGCGGCGAAGGCCAAGGCCAAGGAGAAGCAGGCCAAGGCGGAGGAGAAGGCCGAGAUGGCGACGGCGAGGUCGCACGCGGAGAGGGAGCUGGCGCACGAGCGCGGCAAGGCCAGGGUGGCGGCCGCCAAGAUGGAGCUGCACCAGGAGAAGGCCCUCCACCGCGAGGAGGCCAUCCAGCACAGGCUCCGAAAGCACCACGGCGUCGGCCACCACCACGCCGGCUACGGCGGCGCACCUGCGGCUACUACUGUGCCACCCGCCGGGACCACCGCCAUGCCGCCGCCGGCUGCUGGACCGCUGCACCACCACCAGGCUCCGGCGGCCAAGCACUACUACUAGCUUGUUUGGGUCGCUCGCUUAACUUAAUAGUGUUUUUCUCUUCAUUAUCUAAAAAAAAUAAAGGAACUGUUGGUGGUGUGUUUCGUGUCUCUGUUGUAUAUUGCAGUGAGCGAGUGAUGUGCACUUGUUUCCCUUGUAUGUUGCUUGCUGGUGUGCUGGAAUCAGCUCGAGGUGAAAUGGUUCAGGCAUGCCAUGAUCAGAAAAAUUUGCAUACACAGUCA